AUGAGGAACACCCAGAAACUCCGGGGCCACACGAGCCACGGUCACAGUAACUACCGUGAGCACCCAGGAGGCAGAGGGAAUGCCAGAGGCCUGCAUCACCACCGGAACAAUUUUGACAAAUACCAUGCAGGUUACUUUGGGAAGAUUGGGAUGAGGCAUCACCACUUGAAGGGGAACCAGAGCUUCUGCCCAGCUGUCAAACUGUGGACACUGGACAUCGAGCAGACACGAGUCAAUGCUGCAAGAAAAAAGACUGAAGCUGCUCCCAUCCUUGAUGUUGAGCGAUCAGGCUACUACAAAGUUCUGGGGAGCAGAAGGUUCCCUAAGCGAUCUGUCUUCCUGAAGGCCAAAUUGUUUAGCAGAAGAGCUGAAGAGAAGAUGAACGGUGUCGGGGGGUGCCUGUGUCCUGGCCUGAGGGACUGCCUGGAGAAAGGAAACAGUGGCCAGGGGCACAAAAAGUAUAUCAACAGAUGA